AUGGUGACGAGGGCAGUGACUGGACCAUACGAUGGUCUCCAUGAGGUUAGUGACAGGUCGGAGGUACACCAGGUUAGUGACAUGUCGGAAAUCAAUAUCUUAGUACUUGGUCGAACCGGCGUUGGCAAGUCUACCUGGAUCAAUGCUAUCAUCAACUACCUAGCUCAUCCGAGCUUGGAUGAUGCUCUGGCAGCAGACUCGCUGGGUUGGGUUGUGCCCUUCUCUUUCAGCGUGAACUUCAUCCCGGAUGAUCAAGAUGAGUAUCAAUGUGCGAAUGUUAAAGUUGGCUUCACCGAUCAAGCUAAAGAUGAUUCGAUAAAGGUCGACGACGAGUGGAAGAAGGUCGACGAGUGCGAUGGCGCGACUGGCGUAUCAGCCACGCAGCGAACAAUUAUACAUUGUGUGAAAGUCAGAGAUCGAGUUAUCCGAUUCAUAGAUACUCCGGGCAUUGGUGACACUAGGGGGCCAGAUCAUGACAAAGAGAACAUGGCUGAUAUCUUAAGGACGUUGCGAAACUAUAAUGACCUCCACGGCAUACUAAUUCUCUUGAAGCCUAACGAGCAAAGGCUUGACGUAAUGUUCAGGUUUUGCAUUCAAGAACUAUUGAUCCAUUUACAUAAUGAUGCCGCGAAGAAUAUCGCGUUUGGUUUCACGAACACUCGAGGCACGAAUUAUGCCCCCGGCGACACCUUCGAUCCGCUAUUCAAGCUACUUGAAAAAUACAAGGAUGUUAGAGUACCCCUUUCUAAAAACACUGUCUACUGUUUUGAUUCUGAGGGUUUCCGCUACUUGGCUGUACAAAAGCAGUUUGGAGUAAAAUUGGACUACUUGGUCGAGAAUCAGAGAAGCUGGGAUCAUUCAGUCAAAGAGUCAAGCCGACUCCUACAACACUUCCAGAGUCUGACACCACAUCCUGUUAGAAGCACUACGAAUCUCUACGAGGUUCGCAGCCAGCUGCAAUCAAUCGCUGAGCCAAUUGCUAUCACCUCUAGGAAUAUCCAGGAUACUAUUCGUGAAAAUGAGGAAGACAUUAACAGCUUGAUGAAAGUUGAAAUGGAUCAAGAGGAGCUGGAGCAGCGGUUGAAGACCGAAAUAAGAACUUCAAUGAUGCGUGGCACGGGUAAUCUAAGGACCGUGUGCGCACAUCAAGAAUGCGUUCAACACCUACCCCGCGGAAUUUUGGGUAGGGAUGGAAACCCUGUCUUAGACGUGGCUCACAAACGUGUGUGCUGUUACGGGUGUUGGAUUCCUUUUGCCAAGUUGGAUACGAAAGGAAAGUGGUCACUUAAAUUAUGUGGCGCAUUCAAAUUUAGUAGCAUUUGCCAUCAUUGUAACCACGAAAUCAGUGACCAUAUGCAAAUACGGUAUGAUCUGGAGGAGAUUGUUCAAUGUAUUGACCCUGAACUUAAGGCAUCGAUUAAUGAGAAGGUUUCGAUUGCAGAUCGGAAGCGGGUGGCAAUCGAGACGAAAAAGAAUCUGAUUCAAGAGCUUGGAGAAGAGCUGGACAUGCUUCAGGAAGCGGCAGUCCAGUUCAGCGUCUUCCUGAAGCAAAAUGCUCUUCUAACGUACAACGAUGCAACGUUGGAGUACUUGGAGCGGACAAUGAAAGAGGAAAGGGCCAAAGUUAGCCUUGGCGGCAGUCGAGACAACCUGGAUAGCCUGAUUCAGUAUGAGAAAAAAUAUAAGCAACUCCUUCAAACUCUACAGGACCACGUGGACAGCGGAAAGAAGCCCAUGGAUGCGGCUGGUGCAGAGGAACUUAUGCGCCGUUUGUAUUCACUUAAGCACUACGGAACACAUCUUGAAAAGAUGAGGGAGACAUUCGACGCAGUAGGAUGCUCCGGUCGCGAAAAACCGUACGUGGUGAAGUGA